AUGAUGAAAGAGUUCAAUGUUAUCGAGAACAGAAGGAGCUAUACUCUCGAGGCUUUAAAACAACGAUACAGAUUAAAUGGUAGGACAUUAGACAAUAUCCGUAACCCAAAGUUGCAUAUUUCUUCGUCCGAGUAUGGUUUCGUGGAGAUCGAAUGGGGAAAGACAAAGCUUGCAGUGAGAGUCAGCGCAGAAGUAAGCAAGCCGUAUGAGGACAGGCCAUUUGAAGGACUUUUCUCGAUAAACUCUGAGAUGAGCCUGAUGGCGUGUAUGUCGUUUGAAAACGGAAAGUCAUCGGAUGAAGAAGUGCUCGUCUCAAGGCUUAUCGAGAAAGCCGUUAGAAGGUCGAAUGCUUUGGAUCUCGAGAGCUUGUGUAUUAUAGCAGGCGAGAAAGUCUGGCACAUCCGUGCGGAUAUAAGCUUUCUUAGCCAUGAUGGAGGACUAAUCGAUGCUUCUUGCUUAGGGGUAAUGACCGCAUUGCAAAAUUUCAGGAAACCUGACGUCUCUAUCCAUGGUACUGAUGUGAUUAUUCAUGACAUCGAAACGCAUCAACCAACUCCCUUGAGUAUAUUGCAUGUUCCACUUUGCAUCACCUACUCGUUUUUCAAUCCAGAUGGUAGUGUCGAGAAUAUCAAAGGCAUAUCCAGCAAAGAGAUUGCCGUUUUGGAUGCUGAUAAGGAAGAAGAGUCUUACUUUGGUUCAACUAUCAAAAAUAGUCUCGAUGUCAUUGAAAACCUCACCGCCACGAUGAAGAAUUCCCUACAGGAGAACCACGACAGUAGGUACCACUCAGAAAGACUUGAUUUGCUCAAGGUAGGUGCCAAUCGUUAA